AUGUCGAUUGCCACGCUCGUUGAUCUUUGGCUUUCAGCUCAGCUCGAAGCCAACGCGCAGGCGCAGGCCCUCCAACAGCAUCGCCAGCAGCAGGCUCAGCGCUUCGCCAGCAACAACAUAACCACCCGCAAGAAGCGGCCCAGGCAGCCACUGGGCGACGCGGACGUCAAUACCUUGACUUACGCGCCAGUGUCAAAAAAUAUGCGCGCCACCCGGGCAUCGUCACCAUCGAAAGCAGCCACUGCGCAAGCACCAGAACACCUCGAAAUGCCUGACAGCACGGCUGCGAGCACCCAGUCUAAUGCUGCGACAUCCUCGACGAGACCGCAGAGCAUGAGACGCAGUCAGCGACAGCGCACAUCACAUGGAAUAAAACCGACAACAACAGCUGCAUCCAGGCCGCCGCAGCUACCACCGCCGGCCACCCUCGUCGACAAUCUCGGCCAACAACUCGCUAGGCAGCUCGAGCUGGACCAGGAGGGGCCCCUUGCAGACAAGCAGCACGAUCAUGCCGUCCGCUCCUAUGCCGCCCAGCUGCAUGGGGCAGCCUCUUCGUCGUCGUCAUCCCGCGUCCCGUCCUGCGAGCCAUCCUCCCCGUCUAAAGACUCAGACCGGACCACAGACACGCGCGUGUCGAGGUCGACCACCACCGGCCGCAGCCGCCUUCGCAGCCCCGUCAAGAAAAUCUCCGACAUGAGCCUGCUCGACAAGCCUUGCGUCGCCAUGUCCUGGAGCGAGGCGUCCAGGGCGGACGUCCUCGAUGUAGAUAGUGUCUUGAGGCGCGACCUCGAGGAGAUCAGCCAGAAUGACCGGCCCGUGGUGCCGCGAGCAAUCGAAGAGGACCUUCGCUCCGUGCUAGGCAACAACUUCUACAUCCCCGCGCGGGUGUUUGGCGACCUCGGGCACGACCUGAAAAAGGCGACCCGCGAGUUUGACACGAUCAAGGACAUUGUCGAGGAGGCAGACCGCUGCGUCACACGGCAGUGCUGUGAGGCGCAGUGGAACGCCGAGGUUCACAGUCGCGUGCUCAAGUUAGCUCUCGCGCCGUACGCUGGCCGCGCCGAGUACAACUGCAUCACCUCGGCCGCACCCCUGGAUGAUCUGGUGCCGACUGUCGGCAACACUCGCGUGCAGACCAAGUAUAUUGACUACAGCAUCCAGCUUGUGCCCACGUCAACAGCGUUUCAAAACGCCAUCCGCGAGCGCCUGCGCCAGCAGCUGCAAGACGAUGUCGGCGGCAGCACCAGAUCGGCAGCCGGCGGAGGUGGUGGCGGCCUAACCAACCCGCCUACCAUCAAUCAGAGCGGGUACUUUCCCAUUCACGACCGCCCCUUGGCCAUCUCCAUCGAGACUAAGACUCCCGAGGCGGGCGAGGGCGGUGCUCUCGCGCAGCUGGCUGUGUGGAUUUCGUGCGGCCAUCGGAGGGUGUACCAGCUGACGGGCACCAGCCCUGGAACACUGCGGCUGCCUAGUCUCCCUGUUCUGCGCGUGGUCGGUCACGCAUGGACUUUGGGGUUUGCGAUAGACAUGGGUGACAAGAUUGCUCUUGUCAACUUUCCCCACGAGAUAGGACAUACAAGGACCAUAGUCGGGGCGUAUAGGCUAUUGGCCAUCCUGCGUCGUGUCGUCGAGUGGGCGGACGGCCCAUACCGGGAGUGGUUCGGGAGAGUUGUCUUGGGGUUGGAUAGUGGGAGCGUAUAA